GGAAGCGAGAAGAAGUAGUAACCAGCCAAGAAAAAAGCAAGACAAGACAAGACAAGACAAGACAAGACAAGACAAGACAAGACAAGACAAGACAAGACAAGACAAGACAAGACAAGAGAUCAGGCAAGGCAAGGCACGACAGGUGACUAAGACAGGACUGAAUUUGGAGACAAGAACAUCAACCGAAGAAAUGAGCGUGUUUGUAGCGUCAGUCUCAGCUCUUCUCAUAUCGAUUCCUGUGAUCAUCAUUUUCUUUGUCACCCUCUACUACUGGAGUAAAUGGGAGACACGAAGACAAGAAGCCAAGGAGCUCAAUGCAGCUCUGACAGGGAACAGACAAUUGGAUGCUCAUGCUUCGCCGCAUGAGCUUGCUUGAGUGAAAGUCGCUUGGACGAGCCAAGCUUUCUUUCCAGUGUUUCUCUGAUGAUGUGUACUUUGUGUCAGGUAUGAUGUCGAGCGUGUGUUUUCGAGAAAGAAAUUUUGAAAUCCAU